AUGCCUUUUGUAAACAUAAAGAAGCAAUAUAUAGCAAUCGGCAUGUUAGUUUUUGUUGCUUUAUUUUUCUUCAAUACUCGACCGGCUUUCCAGUGCCAGAUAACUCAGGAAGUGAAUACAUACUUGCCUACAAUUUAUGGAAUUACACCAACCUAUGCCCGACUUGCACAAAAGGCUGAUCUCACAAGAUUAUCACAGACACUUAUGUUAGUUCGAAAUUUUCACUGGGUUAUUAUUGAAGAUUCUGAAACUAAAACUAAGCUUGUUGAGAAUCUAUUAAAAGAAUCUACAUUAAAAUACACUCACCUCAAUGUCAAGACGCAGAAAUCAAAACAUUCCACUGCAAGUGGUGUCGAGCAAAGAAAUGCAGCUUUGAGCUGGCUUCGAGAUCAUUUACGGCAAGCAGAAGACAAAAAGGGUGUUGUAUACUUUAUGGAUGACGACAAUACCUAUGCAUUAAAAGUCUUUGAUGAGAUGCGAAAAAUUAAGAAAGUCGGCGUUUGGCCCGUCGGAAUCGUUGGUGGUAUGAGAGUGGAGAUGCCUUUAGUCACCGACGGGAAGGUGACCGGCUUCAAUGCAGUUUGGAAGUCAUUUAGACCAUUCCCAAUUGACAUGGCUGGUUUUGCAAUUAAUGCAACGUUGUUUUUGAACCAUCCAGAGGCGAAAUUCUCGAGGAAAGUCCAAUCUGGUUUUCAGGAAAGCGAGAUACUGAAGUACUUCACCACUCGAGAGGAAUUAGAACCUUUGGCCGACAACUGCACUAAAGUAUACGCUUGGCACACGCGAACCCAAAAACCCUCAAUAACGAACCCCAAAAAAUUAAAAACCCCACCCAUACCCGACGAUCAUAUCGAGGUUUGA